AUGGCCGAGAAGCAUAACAAAGUACCCGACGAUAUUGAAGCAGCAGAGGCCCUGGGCCAUGUCCCUUCGCAGACGGGCGAGAUCCUCAAAGAAGGCAACAACGUGCACGAUGCCGUCUUUGGCGAAGUGACCGAAGACGGGCCUAACUAUCGCAAUGUUGGCUGGCUGGGCACCGUUGCCCUAAUGCUGAAAACCCAGAUCGGCCUCGGCGUCCUAUCUAUACCGUCUGUUUUCGACACGCUUGGGAUGGUUCCCGGCGUGAUUCUUCUCUGCAUCAUUGCUGGAAUCGCCACCUGGACAAGCUACAUGGUCGGGGUCUUCAAGAUGAACCAUCGCGAUGUAUACGGCAUUGAUGAUGCGGGAGCCUUGAUGUUUGGUCCUGUUGGUAAGGAGGUCUUUGGCAUUGCAUUCAGCCUGUACUGGAUUUUUGUUGCAGGAUCUGGCAUUCUCGGCAUGUCCAUCAGCCUCAACGCCAUCUCAGACCACGGAACCUGCACCGCCGCGUUCGUCGCCGUGGCCGCUAUAACCGGGUUCAUGCUAGCGAGCGUUCGGACCCUUGGGAAAAUCAGCUGGAUAGCCUGGUUGGGUCUGGUCUGCAUUCUUGCUGCCAUCCUCAUCGUGACGAUCAGUGUAGGCAUCCAAGACAGACCGGCAUCAGCACCCCAAGACGGCCCCUGGAUUUCCGAUUUCAAGAUCACCAACAGCCCGUCCUUUGCCGAAGGCGUCUCGGCCGUCUCGGCGCUGAUAUUCGCUUGCUCUGCGACCCCGGCCUAUUUCUCCAUCGCUGCUGAAAUGCGUGACCCCCGGCUGUUCACCCGCUCGCUCAUCGUCAGCCAGCUUGUUUCGACACUCGUCUACAUCGUCAUCGGCGUCGUGGUCUACUACUAUUGCGGGACAUUCGUUGCCUCGCCUGCCCUGGGCUCAGCCGGGCCUUUGAUCAAGAGGAUAUCGUACGGUAUUGCGUUGUCCGGCUUACUGGCCUCUACAACAAUUGUCAUUCAUCUCCCAAGUAAAUAUGCCUUCGUCCGCAUCCUACGCAACUCCUCGCAUCUCACCUCCAACUCCAUGAUUCACUGGGCCACCUGGUUGACAUGCACCCUCUCCGUCACGGUUACUGCCUACCUGAUUGCAAGCGGGAUCCCGUUCUUCAACAGCCUCGUGUCCCUGAUAGGCGCUCUGCUAGGUGCCUUCCUAGCAUACCAGGCAAGUGGGUGCAUGUGGUUCUACGAUAACUGGGAGGCACGGGAUACCCGGGACUGGAAGUGGCUGGCGUUGGCGUCAUGGAAUGUCUUCGUUAUAGUGGCAGGCACGUUUAUGACUAUUGCGGGGACUUAUGGGGCUGUCGUUGGCAUAAUCGACGAGCUGGAUCGGGAUGGGGGCUCGAAGCCGUGGACUUGUGCGGAUAAUUCGAGUUCUUGA